AUGCGUUUCUCCACCGCCACCAUUGCCCUCUUCGCCAGCCUGGCUGCUGCCGCCGUCCAGAACGGUGCCGACUCUACCGUCUACCAGACCGACGAGGUUACCGUCAUCUCUUGCGCCGCCUCCGUCACUGACUGCCCCGGCCGUACCUCCACCCCCGCCGCUGGUGUUGAGCCCACCACCACCCCCGCUGGUGUCGAGCCUACCACCACCCCCGUCGGUGUUGAGCCUACCACCGGUGCUCCUUCCGGCCCUGCCGGUGGCAACCCCCCCUGCCUCCUCCGGCCCUGCCCCCAGCUGAGCUACAGCUUGACCACCUUCACCAGCUGCAUCCCCACCGUCAUCACCUCCCAGGUUCCCGUCUCCUCCGCUCCCGGUGGUGGCUCCCCUGUCGGCCCCGGCUCCGGUGGCGUUCCCCACGUUCCCUCUUCCUCCGCCGCUGUGCCCAGCGGUACCUCCCCCGUCUCUCCCUCCGGUACCCCCGCUUUCAACGGUGCCGGUGCCGUCUCCGGCUCCCUCACCUUCGCUGGUGUCGCUGCCGCCGCUGCCUUCUUCCUGGCAUAA